UCAGAGCGCUCUAAAGCUCAGUGGAGCUGAGGUGAGGUUCGAAGACACACUCACACGCUCACAUACACGGGGAGACAGCAGGAGACACUGACCGUGUCCACUACUGCACAGAAGGGACUGAUGCUUAAAUGAGACGGCGCUUCACCCACGAGUCUCUGGGUGAAGCUGGAGUGUCGUCGUCGUCCACACGUUAACAAACACGAUGUGACCAUGUUGAAUCCGUGACUGUUUGAUCCGCGGAGGAUUUGGGAGUUUACCUUUUAAUGAUCCAAGGAAGAGAGACUUCAACAUGGGCAAACUUCAAUCCAAACAUGCGUGCAAGCGCAGAGAAAACCCUGAAGGAGACAGUUUUGUUGUUAAUGCCUUCCUGCGCAAAGGGAUGGAGGAGUGUGAGAGGUACAGCGCGACCGACCCCAAGCUCAAGAACCUACAGGAGUUUCCAAGUGGUGAGCUGAAGGAAGGACAAUUCACAGAUCAACACUGUCCCCUAGAGGUGGUUCUUCCUCCUGAGAAGGCUGAGGGCUGUGAAAGCUAUCUCCAGUACCUGCACUCAGAGGAUGGAGAGCGAGAGAUACUCAGAGAUGCCACCAAAGCUUCUGGCAAAAAACGCAUCAGCCUGGACGACUUGGAGUGUGACGUGUCAGUGGAGGACGACAACCGUCAGGAAUGGAUCUUCACCCUGUACGACUUUGACAACAGUGGGAAAGUUACAAAGGAGGACAUGUCCAGUCUGAUGCACACCAUCUAUGAUGUGGUGGAUGCCUCUGUCAAUCAGUCCUGCCACAACAAAAGCAAAACUCUGCGUGUCAAACUGACCGUCACCCCAGAGCCAAGGUCCCACCGGAGAGAAACAGGAACAGAUCGCUGUCACCAGGAGGAAGGACGCUCCACUGAUAAACGCCUGUCCUCAUACAUCAGCAGUAGAGGGCAGAGCACCGAGGCGACAAACCCUGAGGGUCAACAUUACUGUGUGGAUGAGAACACGGAGAGGAGGAAUCACUACCUGGACCUGGCCGGGAUAGAGAAUUACACCUCGAGGUUUGAAGGAACUGCCCCAGUCACUCCUUCGCAGGAGCCUCAAGUCCGAAGCUCCCAGAACCAGAGCCGUUCACGCUCCCAUGAACCAGAAACCCAAGUCAUUCACCAGCGUCGCUCACAGAUUAUCAGCGAUAGCUACAACCCCACGGAGUCCCGAGGCAAAAGUACUCAGUUCAUCAAGUCUCCGAAAGGAAACUACAAAGGAGGGGGUGGCAACAAUGGAGGCGGCGGCGGUGGAAAAUCGACUAAAUGUCACGGCCACCACCCGCUGCUGCAACCUGCGCUGCACAGUGUCAAUGCAUCAGGCCACGGUGGCCAGGAUGUGUACCAUUUACCACACCAGGUCCAAUCUUCCAGCCACCACCACCAGCACCCCCUGCAGUACAGUCACAGUAAACGUCUGAGGGCCAAAACCAGAGAUACCUUGUCCCCGACCAGGGCCCAGCUGUCACCUCAGUCCCAGUCCCAGCAGCCCGCUCCCGUGCCCACUGUACUGCCCAGUCUAGAGAGGGAGCAGACGUCACUUCCUCCUGGGAGCCCAGGCUUUGUGGUUCCAAUGGUCCAGCGCCACGAGCACCACCAUCAUCACGAACACCACCACCACCACCACUACCACCACUACCAUCAGACAUGACCACCCUCAGCGUGCAGUGACCUAAAACUGUACAGGACCAACCACAACCACACCAGUCUGAAGGACUUAACGUCAUCCCAGCAGGAGAGUCCGGCUCUGCCUCCAGGAUCUUCAGUUUCACUCUGCCAGGCUAUACAGAUAUAAUAAUCUGAGGUUAGAUGAGGGGUAGUGUGAUGACUGACCAUUUAGGACCAGGAGGAUGUUUGUCAGAAGUUAUUGUGUUAUAACAAAAUAUAUAUGGCACAGCUUUGAGGUUUUUGUUAAUGUUGUGACAGGACUGCAGCGUUUGUCUCCGAGGGACGAAUCCUGAAAAGAAACAAAGUGACUUUGAUGCAUCGUCCUUUCUUUCCCUCUUGAUACUGUUGGCUAAAGUCCCAUGAAGCUAUACUGUAUAUUGGAGUAGAUGUGUCGUUCUGUGUAGGACCUUUCCAAAACAUGGAUCUCAGGUGUAAAGGUGCUGCUGCUCUGAAGUUCUCCACAUGGGCUUCUUCUCCUCCUGUAGGAGGCCCUAAUGUGGAUGGAGGGGUUUCCUGUUUGGGAGGGAGGGAGUCUACGUAAAAUCACCACUGCCAGUUUUAAUGCAAAAUUAUCUUGCUCUAUGUAUAAAAAAAUCUAUAAAUGUAAACACAUUUUAUUGUAUAAUUAUUAUUCUGUAUAUGCAUAUUUCAUCAUGGAUAUAUUAUGCAUAUAUGUA